ACUAUCUUCCUCCAUUUUUUAAUAAGAACGUCGUAAAUUGUACAAUUCUUGAAAUAGUUCGAACCUUAGAAUUACGCCCGCGUGAUUGUCUGGUGACAGACAAGUCACUCCAUCAAGGAGGUGCUGUAACGGUUGUCCCUGAAAGAGAUUCCCUAAAAACGGUUUUUAGCUGGACAAUUCUAACCGAACGAGGUUGGCUCAAGGAGGAGGACAUACAAUAGCGCGCCGCGAAAUUAACCGCGUGGCUAACAAAAGAAAACAGCCCUGGUUUUUGACACUUUCGCGGUUUACAGAAAUUCAAGUAUUCAGCAAGACCCCUUUGUCAACCCAUGAGAAAAUAGUGGAUUCGCUUUUUAGGUGUGCAUGUGAAGCUGGCUGCUGUGGAACUGAGCAAGGAAUACUCCACGGAAGAUGAGGAAAAGCAGAAGUGUGCUGACAGUGUCUCCCAAUGAUGACAAUAAAAAGCCCACAGACUGUGUUUUCAGUGAGUAUUCCUGCACGCUGGGCGUCGACCUACGCCGGGGAUGCAGGCGUUUCUCCGGCAACCUGCAGCUGCCCCCGUUGUCGUGGCGACAGUCCGAGAGGUCGCGAACCCCUGACAAUGACUGGGUGGUCCGGCCCACCUCCCUCCCCUUCUGCAUCCCACCCCGCAUUGACAUUACGCCGGUUGACCCGGAGUGGUGAGCACACACACACAUAUGCAGGCACAUACACACUCAACUUUUCU